AUGUAUGUAUAUAUAAUAGUAGCAUAGCAAAGAGGAGCAAAGAGGAGUAACAAGCACACAAUAGAAGAUGAGAAAAGCAUCACCAUUAACACCCACUCUUCUUCUUUUCUUUCUCCUCCGACUCAUCCCAAGUUCUCUCUCUCACAACAAACAAGGACAGGUUUAUAUAGUAUACUUGGGAGAACACAGUGGAGCCAAAAACACUGAAGAAAUCCUGGAGGACCACCAUUCACUUCUCUUCUCUGUCAAAAACAGUGAGGAGGAAGCACGGCAAUCUCUUUUAUAUAGCUACAAGAACAGCAUCAAUGGAUUCGCCGCAGUGCUCUCUGAUGAAGAAGCUGCGGCGCUAUCGGCUAUGGGGGAAGUGGUGUCUACAUUUCCAAGCAAAGGGAGGUGGUCACCACACACUACAAGGUCAUGGGAGUUCAUCGGGCACGAAGAAGGAUUGAAAGGUCAAGAGAUUGAUUCGCUACGAUCCAAAGCAAAGGAUGGGAAAGAUGUUAUCAUUGGCAUGUUGGAUUCUGGUAUUUGGCCCGAGUCCAAAAGCUUUAGUGAUGAAGGAAUGGGACCAAUUCCUAAACAAUGGAAAGGGAUUUGUCAAGAAGGAGACUCAUUUAACUCUUCAAAUUGCAACAAGAAGCUGAUCGGAGCGCGAUACUACCUGAAGGCAUACGAGGCCUACUACGGCGCGCUGAACACCACGUACGCCUACCGCUCGCCCCGCGACCACGACGGCCACGGCACUCACACCGCCUCCACCGCCGCCGGCCGCCCCGUCCCAGGCGCUGCAGCCCUCGGUGGCUUUGCAGGCGGCACCCCCGCGUCCGGCGGCGCCCCCCUCGCCCGCCUCGCCGCCUACAAGGUCUGCUGGCCCAUCCCCGGGCCCAACCCCAACAUCGAGAACACCUGCUUCGAGGCCGACAUGCUCGCCGCCAUCGACGACGCCGUCGGAGACGGCGUCGGUGUGCUCAGCAUCUCCAUCGGGUCCGUCGGCGCCAAGCCCCGCCUUGACAAGGACGGCAUAGCCAUCGGAGCGCUGCAUGCGGCGCGCCGCGGCGUCGUCGUCGCCUGCAGCGCCGGGAACAACGGGCCCGCGCCGGCCACCGCUUCCAACCUCGCCCCGUGGGUGAUCACCGUCGGCGCCAGCAGCAUCGACCGGGCCUUCCGUUCGCCGAUCACGCUCGGCAGUGGGAUGACGAUCACGGGUCAAACAGUUACACCGUACCAGUUGAAGAAAAAGAAACUCUAUCCUUUAAUCUAUGCUGGGGAUGCUGUGGUUCCUGGGACUCCCACCAAUGUUUCAGGGCAGUGUCUACCCAAUUCUCUGUCCCCCGAAAAGGCGAGGGGCAAGAUAGUCGUGUGCCUGCGAGGAAGCGGUCUGCGGGUGGCCAAGGCACUGGAGGUGAAAAGGGCCGGCGGGUCGGCCAUUAUACUAGGCAAUCCUUUGGCUUACGCGAAUGAGGUCCCCGUCGACGCCCUCCUACUACCCGGAACGGCCGUGUCAGCGAACGGUACCAUCGCCAUUCUCAACUACAUCAACUCAAGCCGGAGACCGACCGCCACCAUCGGUCGGGCUCAUACUGUUUUAGAUGUUAGGCCUUCGCCGGUCAUGGCCCAGUUCUCCUCUCGCGGGCCCAACGUUCUCGAGCCCAAUCUUCUCAAGCCCGACAUUACGGCACCGGGGUUGAAUAUAUUGGCAGCUUGGAGCGAAGCAUCCUCGCCUACGAAGCUCGAUGACGAUCACCGGAGAGUAAAAUUUAACAUUUUGUCGGGGACAUCGAUGUCGUGCCCUCAUGUAUCUGCUACUGCAGCUCUUCUCAAAUCCUUGUACCCUCAUUGGAGCUCCGCCGCUAUUAGAUCUGCUAUGAUGACCACUGCUACCGUAAAUGAUGCCAACGGAGGCCCAAUAAUUAACGCGGCCGGACAAGUGGCCGGGCCCAUGGAGUAUGGAUCGGGCCACAUUCGGCCCAAUCAUGCGGCGGACUCGGGCCUCAUUUACGAUGCUUCGUACGAAGACUACCUCCUCUUCGGAUGCGCAACCGCAGGCCUCCAAUUUGACCCGUCGUUCGAGUGCCCAAAAUGCCCGCCAUCCCCGUCCAAUCUCAACCAUCCGUCCGUCACCGUCGCCAACCUCAGCGGGACCAUCACCGUCCGUAGGACGGUCACCAACGUGGGCCAAAGCAAGGCCCAAUACCGUGUGACCGUCCUCGAACCCGUCAGUGUUUCAGUUAAAAUUAGGCCCAAAACUUUGGGCUUUAAAGCGGCGGGCCAAAGGAAGAGCUUUUUUAUCACAUUUAAAGCCCAUGGUAAGGGUAAUGGGGAAUACGUGGCAGGGUCGUACACGUGGAGCGAUGGGGUCCACUUUGUCAGGAGCCCUGUUGUAGUUUCUCUUGCCUGAUUUUUUUUUUUUUUUUUUUUUUUGCUAGUAUUUUAUUUGCUUUUAUUUUCUUUAGCCCACUGAACCUAAAUAAAAUGUAGAGCCGGUGCAGGAGUGUCAAAUUUAUGAAAACAAUGUAACUGGAAAUCGGGUUAUUUUUAAGAUAAUGGAGAUGAACAACAAUUCUAAUUUCCAAAAAUGCAUGAUA